UUCCGAAAUCUGAAACGGGAAGUUUUGGGCUCACGACGCGAUUAACUAAGAAAUUUUAAAAAGUCCCAAUAAUAUUAUUUCACGAGUUUUUAAGUUUCUAAACGAAAUUUAAUCAAGAUGCCGAAGCCAAUCCCAAAUCAGGAGGAUGAGGAUCCCACCCCCUACUUGUUCGUGUCUUUGGAGCAGAGGCGUAUCGAUCAAUCGAAACCCUAUGACUCCAAGAAGUCGUGCUGGAUUCCCGACGAGAAGGAGGGUUAUCUCCUUGGUGAGAUCAAGGCCACCAAGGGCGAUAUCGUCUCCGUCGGUCUGCAGGGUGGAGAGACACGAGACUUAAAGAAAGAUCUGCUCCAGCAAGUGAACCCUCCGAAAUACGAAAAAGCCGAGGAUAUGUCCAACUUGACAUACCUUAACGAUGCCUCUGUGCUCCAUAACUUGAGACAGAGAUACUACAACAAGCUGAUCUACACCUACUCCGGUCUUUUCUGCGUUGCCAUCAACCCUUACAAGCGCUACCCCGUGUAUACCAACCGUUGCGCUAAGAUGUACCGUGGCAAGCGCCGUAAUGAGGUGCCCCCCCAUAUUUUCGCCAUCUCUGACGGUGCCUACGUCGACAUGUUGACCAACCACGUGAAUCAAUCUAUGUUGAUCACCGGUGAGUCUGGUGCCGGAAAGACUGAGAACACCAAGAAGGUCAUUGCGUACUUCGCCACCGUCGGUGCCUCCAAGAAGACCGAGGAAGCCGCCAAGAGCAAGGGCUCCCUGGAAGAUCAGGUUGUGCAGACCAACCCUGUGCUUGAGGCUUUCGGUAACGCCAAGACCGUGCGUAACGAUAACUCUUCUCGUUUCGGUAAAUUCAUCCGUAUCCACUUCGGCCCCACUGGUAAACUGGCUGGUGCUGAUAUUGAGACCUAUCUGCUGGAGAAGGCCCGUGUCAUCUCCCAGCAGUCCCUGGAGCGUUCCUACCACAUCUUCUACCAGAUCAUGUCUGGCUCCGUUGCCGGUGUUAAAGACAUUUGUCUGUUGACCGAUAACAUCUACGAUUACCACAUUGUCUCCCAGGGCAAGGUCACUGUAGCCAGUAUCGAUGAUGCUGAGGAGUUCUCCCUCACCGAUCAAGCCUUCGACAUCUUGGGCUUCACCAAGGAGGAGAAGGAGAAUGUGUACAGGAUCACCGCCGCUGUCAUGCACAUGGGUGGCAUGAAGUUCAAGCAACGUGGUCGCGAGGAGCAGGCUGAGCAGGACGGUGAGGAGGAGGGUGGCCGUGUGUCCAAGCUGUUCGGUUGCGAUACCGCCGAGCUCUACAAGAACUUGCUGAAGCCCCGCAUCAAGGUCGGCAACGAGUUCGUCACCCAGGGCCGUAACGUCCAGCAGGUCACCAACUCGAUCGGUGCCCUUUGCAAGGGUGUGUUCGAUCGUCUGUUCAAGUGGCUGGUGAAGAAGUGUAACGAGACUCUGGAUACCCAGCAGAAGCGUCAGCACUUCAUUGGUGUACUGGAUAUUGCUGGUUUUGAGAUCUUCGACUACAACGGUUUCGAGCAACUGUGUAUUAACUUCACCAACGAGAAGUUGCAACAAUUCUUCAACCAUCACAUGUUCGUUUUGGAGCAAGAAGAAUACAAGAGGGAAGGCAUUGACUGGGCCUUCAUCGAUUUCGGUAUGGACUUGUUGGCCUGUAUCGAUCUGAUUGAAAAGCCCAUGGGUAUCCUGUCCAUCCUGGAGGAAGAGUCUAUGUUCCCCAAGGCCACCGAUCAGACCUUCUCGGAGAAGCUGACCAACACCCAUUUGGGCAAGUCGGCUCCAUUCCAGAAGCCCAAGCCUCCAAAGCCCGGUCAGCAGGCUGCCCACUUCGCCAUUGGCCAUUAUGCCGGUUGUGUGUCCUACAACAUCACCGGUUGGUUGGAGAAGAACAAGGAUCCCCUGAACGACACCGUUGUCGACCAGUUCAAGAAGUCGCAGAACAAGCUGCUGAUCGAGAUCUUCGCCGAUCACGCCGGCCAGUCGGGUGGCGGUGAGCAGGCCAAGGGAGGUCGUGGCAAGAAGGGCGGUGGCUUCGCUACCGUCUCGUCGGCCUACAAGGAGCAGUUGAACAGCUUGAUGACCACCCUGCGUUCGACCCAGCCUCACUUCGUCCGUUGCAUCAUUCCCAACGAGAUGAAGCAGCCUGGCAUGGUUGAUGCCCAUUUGGUUAUGCACCAGCUGACCUGUAACGGUGUGCUUGAAGGUAUCCGUAUUUGCCGUAAGGGCUUCCCCAACAGGAUGGUGUACCCCGACUUCAAGAUGCGCUACCAAAUCCUGAACCCCAAGGGCAUUAAGGGCCUCGACUGUCCCAAGAAAUGCACGAAAAUUUUGAUCGAGUCCACCGAACUGAACGAUGAUCAGUACCGUUUGGGUAACACAAAGGUGUUCUUCCGCGCCGGUGUCCUGGGUCAGAUGGAGGAGUUCCGUGAUGAGCGUCUGGGCAAGAUCAUGUCCUGGAUGCAGGCCUGGGCCCGUGGUUACCUGUCCCGUAAGGGCUUCAAGAAGCUCCAGGAACAGCGCGUCGCCCUCAAGGUUGUCCAGCGCAAUCUGCGCAAGUACCUGCAGCUCCGUACCUGGCCCUGGUACAAACUGUGGCAGAAGGUCAAGCCCCUCCUCAACGUCAGCCGUAUCGAGGAUGAGAUUGCCCGUCUGGAGGAGAAGGCCAAGAAGGCUGAGGAACUGCAUGCCGCUGAAGUGAAAGUCCGCAAGGAGCUGGAGGCCCUCAACGCCAAGCUGUUGGCUGAGAAGACCGCUCUGUUGGACUCCCUGUCCGGUGAGAAGGGUGCCCUGCAGGACUACCAGGAGCGCAACGCCAAGUUGACCGCCCAGAAGAACGACCUCGAGAACCAGCUGCGCGAUAUCCAAGAGCGCCUGACUCAGGAGGAGGAUGCCCGCAACCAGCUGUUCCAGCAGAAGAAGAAGGCCGACCAGGAGAUCUCUGGCCUGAAGAAGGACAUCGAGGAUCUGGAAUUGAACGUCCAGAAGGCCGAGCAGGACAAGGCCACCAAGGAUCACCAGAUCCGCAACUUGAACGACGAGAUCGCCCACCAGGAUGAGCUCAUCAACAAGUUGAACAAGGAGAAGAAGAUGCAGGGCGAGACCAACCAGAAGACCGGUGAGGAACUGCAGGCUGCCGAGGACAAGAUCAACCACUUGAACAAGGUUAAGGCCAAGCUCGAGCAGACCCUCGACGAGCUGGAGGAUUCCCUCGAGCGUGAGAAGAAGGUGCGCGGCGAUGUUGAGAAGUCCAAGCGCAAGGUUGAGGGUGACCUCAAGCUGACCCAGGAGGCUGUUGCCGAUCUGGAGCGCAACAAGAAGGAGUUGGAGCAGACCAUCCAGCGCAAGGACAAGGAGCUGUCCUCCAUCACCGCCAAGCUCGAGGACGAGCAGGUCGUUGUGCUGAAGCACCAGCGCCAGAUCAAGGAGCUGCAGGCCCGCAUCGAGGAGCUGGAGGAAGAGGUCGAGGCUGAGCGCCAGGCCCGCGCCAAGGCUGAGAAGCAGCGCGCCGAUCUGGCCCGCGAGCUGGAGGAGCUGGGCGAGCGUCUGGAGGAGGCUGGCGGUGCCACCUCUGCCCAGAUCGAGCUCAACAAGAAGCGCGAGGCUGAGCUGAGCAAGCUGCGUCGCGAUCUUGAGGAGGCCAACAUCCAGCACGAGUCCACCCUGGCUAACCUGCGCAAGAAGCACAACGAUGCCGUCGCCGAGAUGGCCGAGCAGGUUGACCAGCUCAACAAGCUGAAGGCUAAGGCUGAGAAGGAGAAGAACGAGUACUACGGCCAGUUGAACGAUCUGCGCGCCGGUGUCGACCACAUUACCAACGAGAAGGCUGCCCAGGAGAAGAUCGCCAAGCAGCUACAGCACACCCUCAACGAGGUGCAGUCGAAACUGGAUGAGACCAACAGGACUCUGAACGACUUCGAUGCCAGCAAGAAGAAGCUGUCCAUUGAGAACUCCGACCUGCUCCGCCAGCUGGAGGAGGCCGAGUCCCAGGUGUCCCAGCUGUCCAAGAUCAAGAUCUCCCUGACCACCCAGUUGGAGGAUACCAAGCGUUUGGCCGACGAGGAGUCGCGCGAGCGUGCCACCCUUUUGGGCAAGUUCCGCAACCUGGAGCACGACCUGGACAAUCUGCGCGAGCAGGUUGAGGAGGAGGCUGAGGGCAAGGCCGAUCUGCAGCGCCAGCUGAGCAAGGCCAACGCUGAGGCCCAGGUCUGGCGUAGCAAGUACGAGUCCGAUGGCGUUGCCCGCUCCGAGGAGCUGGAGGAGGCCAAGAGGAAGCUGCAGGCCCGUCUCGCCGAGGCUGAGGAGACCAUCGAGUCCCUCAACCAGAAGUGCAUUGGCCUGGAGAAGACCAAGCAGCGUCUGUCCACCGAAGUGGAGGAUCUCCAGCUGGAGGUCGACCGUGCCAACGCCAUUGCCAACGCCGCCGAGAAGAAGCAGAAGGCCUUCGACAAGAUCAUCGGCGAGUGGAAGCUCAAGGUCGACGAUCUGGCCGCCGAGCUGGAUGCCUCCCAGAAGGAGUGCCGCAACUACUCCACGGAGUUGUUCCGUCUUAAGGGCGCCUACGAGGAGGGCCAGGAGCAGCUGGAGGCUGUGCGUCGUGAGAACAAGAACUUGGCUGAUGAGGUCAAGGAUCUGCUCGACCAGAUCGGUGAGGGUGGCCGCAACAUCCAUGAGAUCGAGAAGGCCCGCAAGCGCCUGGAGGCUGAGAAGGACGAGCUCCAGGCCGCCCUUGAGGAGGCUGAGGCUGCUCUUGAGCAGGAGGAGAACAAGGUGCUGCGCGCCCAGCUGGAGCUGUCCCAGGUCCGCCAGGAGAUCGACCGCCGCAUCCAGGAGAAGGAGGAGGAGUUCGAGAACACCCGCAAGAACCACCAGCGUGCCCUCGACUCCAUGCAGGCUUCCCUCGAAGCCGAGGCUAAGGGCAAGGCUGAGGCCCUGCGCAUGAAGAAGAAGCUGGAGGCUGACAUCAACGAGCUUGAGAUCGCUCUGGAUCACGCCAACAAGGCUAACGCCGAGGCCCAGAAGAACAUCAAGCGUUACCAGCAGCAGCUGAAGGACAUCCAGACUGCCCUCGAGGAGGAGCAGCGCGCCCGCGACGAUGCCCGCGAACAGCUGGGUAUCUCCGAGCGUCGUGCCAACGCCCUCCAGAACGAAUUGGAGGAGUCCCGCACUCUGCUGGAGCAGGCCGACCGCGGCCGUCGCCAGGCCGAGCAGGAGCUGGCCGAUGCCCACGAGCAGCUGAACGAGGUGUCCGCCCAGAACGCCUCCAUCUCCGCUGCCAAGAGGAAGCUGGAGUCCGAGCUCCAGACCCUCCACUCCGACCUCGACGAGCUCCUCAACGAGGCCAAGAACUCCGAGGAGAAGGCCAAGAAGGCCAUGGUCGAUGCCGCCCGUUUGGCCGAUGAGCUCCGCGCCGAGCAGGAUCAUGCCCAGACCCAGGAGAAAUUGAGGAAGGCCCUCGAGCAGCAGAUCAAGGAACUGCAGGUCCGUCUGGACGAGGCCGAGGCCAACGCCCUCAAGGGAGGCAAGAAGGCCAUCCAGAAGCUGGAGCAGCGCGUCCGCGAGCUCGAGAACGAGCUUGAUGGUGAGCAGAGGAGGCACGCCGAUGCCCAGAAGAACCUGCGCAAGUCCGAGCGUCGCGUCAAGGAGCUGAGCUUCCAGUCCGAGGAGGACCGCAAGAACCACGAGCGCAUGCAGGAUCUGGUCGACAAGCUGCAACAGAAGAUCAAGACAUACAAGAGGCAGAUCGAGGAGGCCGAGGAAAUCGCCGCCCUCAACCUGGCCAAAUUCCGCAAGGCUCAGCAGGAGCUGGAGGAGGCCGAGGAGCGUGCCGAUCUGGCCGAGCAGGCCAUCAGCAAAUUCCGCGCCAAGGGACGUGCCGGUUCUGUCGGUCGUGGUGCCAGCCCAGCGCCGACAGCGUCAAAGGGCCGCAAGAGCGCGCUGCUGGAGCAGUAGAAACUUUUCUGAAACAUUUCCCCGUGCGACGUCCGUUAGGCCACAAUUCGACGGAUUGGCCUUCCCACCAAGAUUCGACCUUGCUCCUGAAAACGAAUUCUAAAUGCCAUUUCAUUUUUUAAUUUAUUUUAAAUGAUAUUUCAUAAUGAUUAUGUUUAUGAUUUUAAUUUAAUUUCUUAAUUUAAAAACAAAAUAAUAAAACUAUAACAAAAUAUAUAUCGAAAACGACGGGAGGCAAACCACCAACACCAACGCCAAAUGCACUUAGGCAAAAAAUGAAAUCAAAUAACAACUAUCGAUCAUGGAAUCGAUUACAUACAUAAGUGAACAGUAACAGGCUUUUGUGUAAGCGCGACAUUUGCCAUGGGGACACUGCUAGCUGGACCUGUAUUUGUAUUUGUAUUUAUAUAUUUUUAUACAACUUUCGAAAUGCAUUCAACCAACUAACUAUCAAAGAACCAAAUCGAUCCUCAACCGAACAACAUGAGAAACAAUCGAUCGCGAAAUGAGAGAGCCCCGUCAAAGUGAAGGCCCCGCGGCGGUGUCCGCCGGUAAAUGUCGCCCGCUGUUCGAAUAUUUUGAUCUAUAUGUAUUCUCAAUUACUUUUGUCAUACAGACCAGACAAGACUUACGGACGACACAAGCUAAAUGCACUGCGCUUAUGUUUAUGUUUAAUUUUGACUCUAUCAAGCAAUGAUAAAGAGAUAAGAUCAUCACUCGACACUAAAUGAAAAGUAUACAAAAAA